AUGCUUGGCAGUACAUCAAUGAUGAUGAGAAACCAAAAUUUAAUUGAUAAAUCUUUGGAGAAAAAAGUUUCCAGGAACAGGAUUGGAAGCUUCUCUGAGUCAACGAAGAUGGAAGUGGCGUUUAACAUGGCAAGAUCUAUAAAUACAGCCCAAGCAUUGUCAGAGAUGAAUACUAUGAACGAGAAGAAAACUCAAACACUUGUAAGUUGCACAUGUGCAAUUAUGUAA